GGCAAAGUGUGCGCGCACGAGGCGGGCUGGAGAUCGGGCAUUAGGGUGCCCGCCUUUGUGCUGUACAGAAACCUGGGGGGUAGCGGCUCCUCCCCUGAGUUAACUGGAUGGGGCUCGGGGAUAAGGGGAGCGGAAGCCUGGCUAGGGUGGAUUGUGAUCGAGAUGCUUAACAGGAAAAGAAAGCACGUCUGAAUUGAGAGCAACGCCCGUCGUAUACGCGCUUACCUGGAAGUAAGCGCCACUGAACUUUAUAGGACUUUCUCCGAAGUAGACUUGCGUAGGAUUGUGCUUGACGUGCGGUGUUUCCCCUUGCCUGUGCUGUGCAGAACUAUGCCUGGGGCAAGUUAGGCCAGAACAGUGAAGUGGCCAAGCUCUUGGCAAGCAGUGAUCCGAUGGUCCAGAUCGAAGCAGACAAGCCAUAUGCUGAGCUUUGGAUGGGUGCUCACCCCAAAGGAGAUGCCAUAAUUCUGGAUAAUCGCAUCCCCCAGAAGACCUUACGGCAGUGGAUUGCAGACAACCCCGGGUGCCUAGGCUCCAAGGUCAAAGACGUGUUCCAGGGCCAGCUGCCUUUCUUGUUCAAAGUGCUGUCUGUGAACUCAGCCUUGUCCAUCCAGGCCCAUCCCACCAAGGAACUGGCAGAGAAGCUUCAUGCCCAACAUCCAGAGCACUAUCCAGAUGUCAACCACAAGCCAGAGAUGGCAAUCGCCCUAACCCCCUUUGAGGGCAUGUGUGGCUUCCGCCCUGUUGAAGAGAUUGUGGCUUUCCUCCAGAAUGUCCCUGAAUUCCGGGCCCUAAUUGGGAACGUGGCGGCGGAACAGCUGGAGCGCAGCGUGGGUGAUGACCCCCGGGGCGUCUCAGCCGCGCUGCGUGUCUGCUUCACCAGGAUGAUGAAGAGUGAGAAGAAGGUCUUUGUGGACCAGCUUAACAUGCUGGUGAAGCGGAUUUCUCAAGAAGCAGACACAGGGAAAGAUACUUCAGCCAGCUGCGGAGAGCUCCUUCUCCGGCUUCACUCCCAGUACCCUGGAGACAUCGGCUGCUUCGCCAUCUAUUUCUUGAACCUGAUGAAGCUGCAGCCAGGGGAGUGCAUGUUCCUGGGUGCCAACGAGCCUCAUGCCUAUCUCUAUGGAGACUGCAUUGAGUGCAUGGCGUGCUCCGACAACACGGUACGGGCCGGCCUGACUCCCAAGUUCAUUGACGUUCUCACCCUGUGCGAAAUGCUGAACUACACCCCGGCUCCUAGCAGCUCCAAGCUCUUGACCCCUGUCCAGAGCCGCCUGGAUCCUUGCAUCUAUCUCUACGACCCACCUGUUCCAGACUUCUCCGUCAUGAGGAUAGAGAUUCCUUCCUCCAUGAAGCUGUACCUUGUUUCGGCCAUCGACUCGGCUAGCAUCCUGUUGGUGGUCCAAGGAACUGCUGUCGGUACCUCUACUGCGGCCGUGUCUGAAAUGGCCCUCCGCCGAGGAGCCGUGCUCUUCAUCUCUGCCAACGAGAGCGUCUCUUUGCACCUGUCUGCAGCUGAUGGGAUGCUGCUUUUUCGAGCCUGCUGUCUCUUAUAACAUGGGACACGUAGCUCUUUUUCCCCUUGCCGAGACUCAGACAGAAACUGGUCUGCACCCUCCACACAGCCAGUUAUCCCAUCCAUCAAACCACUGUGUCAAAAGCCCAAAGCAUUUGGGGCUCACCCCUAUAUGAUGGGGCCACCGUUCCCCAUCCUCCUUGACUUUGGCCUGAGCUAAUCCUACUGUUCAUUUUAAUGGUUGUUGUAAAACGCAGGGUUGGGAACUCUCUGGUAGCCCUGUCAUUUUUAAAAAUUGUACCAUCUCCACUGUACAAUCCAGUACUGGGGAAUCUGUGGCCCUCCAGAUGUUGCUGGAUGCCAGCUCCCAUCUGCCCCCCAGCCAGCAUGGCCAAUGGUUGGGGAUGAUGAAUGUUGUAGUCCAGAAACAUCUGAAGGGCCACAGGUUUCCCCAGCCCUGGUAUAAUUGGAGGGGGAAAACACCGGUGUUGAUUUCUCCCGAUGCUGCAAUCUGAGCUGCAUCUGGAAUACCUCCUUUUCUUGCAACCAGACCACAAAUGGGAAUAUGUGGCCCUCUGGAUGUUGGUGGACUAUAGUUCCCACCAUCCUGGAUCCCUGGCCAUACUAGCUGGGGCUGAAGAGAGCUGGAGUCCAGCCACACCUGGAAGGCCACAGGUUCCCUGCCCCUGGACUAGAUCUUGCUGCUUUUGUGGGUUAUCGGUCUACAUACCUUAAACUGAAAAAUAUUACAUAACUAAUGGAACUGACAGCUGCAGUGUAGUCAACGAGGCAUAUCUCUAGCCCCUACCGCAUGCGGAAAGACAGUGGAACAAUGUCUUAGUGCUGUUUUUUGAAACUCCUCCGCUUGUGACAUUUUCUCUAAGCCAAUGCAUUCUCAGGAAUGCUCUCACUCUAGGGGCUGGGCAAAGCUUUUCUCUGCCUUGCCUCAGAUCCUAGCAGAUGCCAGAGGAGCCAGAACAAAUAGAGGCUUGUUUUUAUUCUUUAUUUGGCUAUUUCUUGUCACUUCCUUUGGUACUUUGCUAGCAAAGUUUGCUGUGACUGUAAUGCAACGGCGGGGAAACCUGUGGCCCUCCAGAUGUUACUGAAAUACAACUCUCAUCAUCACUGGCCUUUGGCCGUGCUUGCUGGGGCUGAUGGGAGCUGUCGUUCAGCGAUAUCCAGUGGGCCACAGGUUCCCCACACCUGGUUUACUCCUUGAGGGACUGAAGGCUAGUCCUUAAAUCUAGAAGUAGUUCCAUUUGCCUGCAGCAGGGUGGCAAAUGUGUGUGCACUUGAAAUGCUGGCUUGCAACUCCCAUUUUUCCUUAGCAUUGGCCGUAUGGGAUGGGCCUGUUGGGAGCUGGCAUCUAGCAACUUCCCAGGCUUAGAGUCCUCUGCCCAGGGAACACAAGUGGGGGCCUGUAGCAGCAUCUUUUAGCAAGCUUAGGGUGGUAUUCCAUGCUAGUUCUACUCAGGUAGACAUGACUAACUUAAGCUAAUUAGUUUCAAUAGGUGUACUCUGAGCAGGACUUAGGUGAAUACAACCACUGGCAUUGUUGAUUUUUAGAGGCUAAAUAGUUGCUGGACUUUUAUCCUUGCCCAGGUGAGAGUAGAAAUGGGAAGUUGUUGUUUAAUUAAGCGAACAAUGCAGUUCUGUUCAUAAACUCCAGAGGCAGGGCCUUUGCUCUGGCCUCUCGGACUGGCUUUUCACCUCCUGCUUUCCUUCAAUGGCAUCUUCCCACCACCACCAUGUGGAAAACUCCAAGCAGUUCCACCCACUGGCUGCAUUUGGAUGUCACAAUAAACUAUGGUUUAUCAUGAUGAGGAUUAGCUGAGCCUCCCCCACACCAGCACUGCUUUGAGACCAGAACCUUUUGCUUUUGUUUUCAGUUUUGACCCCAGUGUGGCAUCAGAACCAGACAAACUGUGGUUAAUCUUCACUAGGCUUUGUUUGAAACAAGCUCACGGUGGUGUUUCGAAAAUGAGGUUGGCUUGUUUCAAACAAACCAUCAUUGAAGAGAGACCAGUUUGGAGUUGAGGCAUGGCAUUAAAAACUAGUAAUGGAAAUCAGCAGCAAAAGCUUCCAAACGCCUCCUCCUGUCACACUAGAGAUAGUGUGUGUGAUCGGAAGGAAAGCCAGGCUCAUUCCAAUCCAAAUGUAGCCAGUAUAUACUUUUCCUGGCAGUAGUUUGUAGCCUAUUCAGAGUCAGGGCAGACCCUUGUUGACAACCAGGAAAAACUGAUGGUCUUUCCCAACUGCAGUAUUAAUGUUAGGUGUAGAUUUAACUUUUUGUUGCCUGCUGGGAACUGACUAGAUAAGAUUGUCAAACUGGCACUCUCAUACAGUUGGGUGGGGAGGGGAAGAGGUGACCCAUAUACCAUUAAGGGGAUAGGAAAACAAAUGGGUUUGCAUUAAGCACCGUCUUCUGCUAUGCCUACUAGUGCUUUUAACCUGCUUUGAAUUCCAUAGCACAAAGUGUUACCUCCUUUGAGCAGUAUAGUAUGAUAUCUUGUAUGGUGGUGACAUAAUCUUAGAAUACAAUUCAUGCUUGACUUUUUACACCAACAGGGAAGGGCAGGGACCUUAAGGGUAGAUCAUCAUUUAAGAUCUUAAAAAACAACAACUCCAGUGUAGCUUUUCAAAUAGUUUUUCAAAAUUAUGACAUGUGCCAAUUGCUAAAGUGAACAAUCCAACAGCUAUAAGCUACUCCUGCUUCCACCCUUCUCUUGGGCAAGGGUUCAUUGAAAGAUGAAUCCUAGGGUAUGUCAAUGCAUUCAAGCGUUGCUAAGAAUUUUAGUGCUGAGGAGAGGUAUAGCCUAGUGGUGGGAGAACCUGCAGCCUCCAGAUGUUGCUGGAUUACAACUCCCAUCAUCUCUAACUCUCUAAUCAUCAAAUAAAUAAAUAAUAAUAACAACUAUUGGCUAUUCUGGCUGGGGCUGAUGGGAGUUGGUCCCACAACCUCUACAGGGCCAUAAGCUCCCCAUGCUUGGCAGUACCCUCGCACAAGUACAACUCUAGGGCUUCUGUCGGGUGGGGGGAGCCCUGCUGAUCUACCUUCAACCCAGUUUAAAAUCGUGGCUUAGAUUCUCUUCUUGUUUACAUAGGAAGAAAAAGUGUACUUGCUACUUUCAAUCUCUGGUUUAAUUUUACACCACCACCCACGUGAAUAUUCAUGCUCGCUCAUUCAGAGCCCAGUAUAUUUUAGCGAAGGGGCCUAUCACAACUUUUUUUUUGCAUCCAGCCUAGAAAGAACAAGUCCGUACUCUAGAAGGGUGCCAAACGGCUGUGGUCUCCUGCAAAAUGAUUCAAAAACAAGUGCAAAAAAAUUAAUGUUGAGAACAUUCAAAAGUUGAAGUAUUACUUGCAAAUGAAAGGAAUCAGAGGUUAGGGGUCUGAUGGGAGAUGUGUGUUGUUAUUAAAGAGUUCUGGACCAGAAUCUGAAUCUUGAAUCCAGAAACAAAAAUUGAGAUACUGACUUCACAUAUAGGAAAUGUUUCAGAUGGAUUUUGACUGCUAAACUGUGGCACUGUAAGUUUAGCAUUUGACGUCCAAAUUAACCAGUUCUUAUCAUUUAUGUAGAUGGGGGAUGAAAAGACCCUGCUGGACCCUUUUAUGAAAAUCAUUUUGCACCCAAAUUAGCCUGCAUGAGGAGGCCUGUGAUACACAGACAGUCUACAAGUAGAGACACACCCCCACCCCACAAGAGCCAGUAUUCCUUCUAAACCCUGUACUGUAUUCUGUAUUUUACAGCUCUAGUUAGGGCUAAUAAUUAAACGAAAUCUACUAAUGAAAUGAGUGGGGUUGUAUCAGAUGGGGACAGUCACCCCAAAUUUUCCUGCUGGAGUAAAUCCACCAGUUGUUAGAGUCAAAUGCAAUGAGUUAAAGUUGUCUAAGUAAAGAAGGCACUGCAGAAAGCAGGCCUUGAGAAGAUGGCUGGUGUAUUUUUUCCCUUAGAUUAAAGAUGAUUGUACAAAUGCAUUUUCGAAAGGCCUAAUAAAGACCCUUGCCUGAGUAA